AUGGAAGUUAACGGUGGAGAAGAUCGAUAUGAAGAAACAUGGUUUCACUGGUUUGUAAAGUAUUUAAAUCGUCAAGGUGAUUGGUUAGAAAAAACAAGAGGAAAUCUUAUGGUUGCAGCGACGGUUAUAGCUGGUAUGAGCUUUCAAGUUAUGGUUAGUCCUCCUGGUGGUGUAUGGCAAAGUGAUAUCUGUUCCUCUGGAGAUCAAACCGGCACCGUACCGGUUUGUAAGGCGAAAGCGGGAACUUCAGUAUUGGAGCACGAGAGUUCGAAACGUGUCUUUUAUCUUGGAAUGGUUAUUAGUAGUACCGUUUCGUUUUCUGCCUCCAUGAGCCUCAUUCUACUUGUCAUCAUUGGAUUACGUCUCAGGAACCGGAUGAUAAUGGCGAUCCUUGUAACAUUUAUGGUCGUAGCAAUUCUUUGCAUAUCGGCGGCGUUUUUCUUCGCUGUCGCACUGGUUCAGUAUGAAGAUGAUACAAUCAUCUCUAUACUAGUUAUUUAUGUGGGAUUCUGGAUCGUGUUUCCUGUUAUAAUACUUGUUGGCUUAUUUGUCUCAUAUGUUGUUGUUGUUGCCCACGUCGACGACGGUCCCCUCGACGGCUGCUGCCAAUGA